ACUCCACAACCCUUGAUAUCACGAACUCGAACCUCCUAUAAAAAGGUCCAAGCGUAUCGUACUUAUUUAUUACCAGCAAGCGGUAUAGGGAGCUCCUCAACUCCAAGCAUUGAAAGCAUCAUAUCAUCAUUCCUGUUUGGUGUCACCCGCAUUUACACAUCAUUGCACUGCAACACCUUACCUCCGCAAUGGACCACUGCAACGUCCUAAUAGUCGGAGCUGGCCCAGUAGGGACUACUCUAGCCCUCGAACUGGCUCUACAAGGCGUAUCCUUCCGCAUCAUCGACAAAAGCCCAGCCCGUUCAGAGAAUAGCAGAGCAUUAGUCGUCCACCCUCGUACUCAGGAACUGCUAGACCGCCAUGGAGCUGUUGACAAGCUCAUCCCUAGAGGUUCUAUCGCUCGUGGCGCGGUGAUGAACAUCAACCGCAAACUGGUAGCCAGAGUAGAUCUGGAUGACCUUGACAUCACCGACACCAAAUAUCCCCUGCCUCUGAUGGUUUCUCAGGCCGAGACCGAGAAGUUCAUGGAAGAGACCCUGGCCAAGUAUGGCAAAGCCGUUGAGCGGGGUUAUACUGCCACCAGCAUCGUUCAGGACGCCAAUGGUGUCACUACCACUUUGGAGAAGCCCGACGGCACCCAGAUAACGAUCCGAUCCAAAUACGUCGUCGGGUGUGACGGCGCCCACAGCGUGGUUCGACAUUCUGCCGAAAACCUUACCUUUGACGGAGACGCCUACCCACAGGACUUCAUCCUCUGCGACGCCCGCCUACGCAACUCCAAUAUUGCGCGGGACCGAUUCACCAUUUGCCUCGGCGACACCGGCCUCCUCGCAUUCUUCCCCAUCUCACCCCACGCCGACGACAACGACGACGGUCUGAUCCGCCUCAUCGCAUCAGGAGGACAUUCGGCCACUCAGCAACCAUCUCGACCCGCUGAUUCCGAUUCCCUACCUCAGCAACAGCAACAGCACGGCGAACAAAGCCACGAACCCCCCACCCUCGCCCACUUCCAAUCCCUCCUCGACUCCUUCGCCCCUCCCGGCUCCGGCACCGUGCACUCCCCCGUCUGGCUCGCCCGCUUCCGCUUACACCACCGGGGCGUCAACGCGUACCGCUCCGGCCGGCUCUUCGUCGCCGGCGACGCCGCGCACAUCCACAGUCCCGCGGGCGGACAGGGGAUGAACGUCGGGAUCCAGGACGCCGUCAAUCUGGGCUGGAAGCUGGGUACGGUGCUCAAGUACCGGGACAGAUUGACGGAUGAAGCAAAAGAGGCGUUGCUAGACAGCUAUCAUGCCGAGCGCUACCCCGUGGGGAAGGCGCUCCUUCAGGGGACGGAUAGGAUGUUCAGCUUCAUGGCUGCGGCGAGUCCGUGGGUGUUGAAGGUGCGGAAUGCAGUGCUGCCGUGGGUGGUGCCGUGGUUGGUUGGGGUGAAAUGGAUUAGGAAGAGGUUUUAUGCGUUUAUUUCGGGGUUUGGGACGACAUAUUCGGGGAACAGGGGGGCAAGCGUCGUGGUUGGGACGAACACGUCUUCGUCAUCGUCAUCGCUGCUGAAGAAGGUGAGGGGUGGUGAUCGAUUGCCGGAUGGGAAGGUGAUCGAGCUAGUACCCCGUUUAGGACGAACAGGUGGGCGAGGUGGCGGGACAAGAGCUCCGGACCUGUUGGAGGAGGAUGAGAGGAAAGAAACGAGCUUGCACCGACUGUGUCGAGGUGCGUCUUGGCAUUUGUUGCUGUUCUCCGGAACAGGAACAAGAGAUCGUGAUGCGGUGACGGUUGAGGGAUUAACACUGGCGGGCGAGAGGGUAUUGGCGGUCGUCAAAAGUGAGUGCUCACUUCACUGCAUUUUCUACCACGUUGCAGAGGAUCGGAUUGGUAGCGCGGGCGAUGGUGAGCUGCAGCAGGUACAGCAGCCGGCUACAGGGGAGAACGCCGUUGCUUCAUAUGCGGACCCGGGUGGUCGGGUCCAUGGUCUGCUUGGAUUGGACAAUGGGAGCGCUGGAUUUGUAAUGGUGAGGCCUGACGGUUAUGUUUCUCACAUUGGAUAUCUGUCGUCACUGCAGGAGUUUGUGAAGGAGUGGGAGACGAAAGUUGGUAUUUGAAAAGGUUGUAGGUGUUCUCUGACUUGCAUUUUUAUUGCUCUUUUUCAUUGCUCUUUUUCUUUUCUUCUUUUUUCUUGUUUGUAUACUCUCCCACUCUCCCAUCCUUUCCGCUCAACCUACUAAACUUC